GACAAAAGGGGAAGAAAACACAAUGAAAGACGAGAAGUGACGAGAAGAAGAAGAACAAAUGAAAAACAUACAUGAAAGUGAUGAAGCAUGAGGAAUACACAUGAAGGAAGUGAAGAAAAGGUUUAAUUUGAGAAGCGACGGAGAAAAAGUAAAGGAUAAACCACUGGAAGACAACAGAAUUGACGCGCAGAACAUGUAGCUAAAAUAAAAAGAUGUCUGUGAGUAAGCUUUAUCAAGGACGAUUACACUAAAGAUGGAUGAAGUAAUGGACGCACUUGAAGCAGAUGAGCUAAGGACAUAUAUGCAGGGUGUAUGGGGGUAACGAACUAAACUUAAGCCGGAAUGACGAUGAAGUAUAAAAAGUUCAUUACCAUCAUGCAGGCGGCCAUUGGCAUCGCGCCUCUGAACAAGAGGGAACUUCUCCCUCCAGGCAGAAAGCUCUGGAGACCAGAAGAGGAGCUGUCCAACUCCGGGCGCCUCCGCACCAGUGUUUCUUCUGAGAAGUUCUACUGGACCAAAGAAGCCCGUUACUGGUACCUGCGCCGCCUCUCCGUACCCAGCAAGCGCACCAUUAAGGAGCCAGAAAUGGAGGAGGUGGUGUGGGAACAAUACACCGUCACCCUCCACCGGGAUCCCAAGAUGGGCUUUGGGAUGGCGGUGUCAGGUGGGCGGGACAACCCUCACGAGGACACGGGGGAGACGUCCAUCAUGGUGUCAGACGUGCUGCCCGGAGGACCAGCAGAGGGACUGCUCUUUGAAAAUGACCGGGUGAUGCUGGUGAAUAAUGUGCGGAUGGAGGGAGUCGAACACUCUUUUGCAGUCAACACUCUCCGAAAAUGUGGCAAAGUGGCCAAAAUUUUGGUGAAACGGCCACGAAAGAUUCCGGUAGGCAUACGGGCACCCUCCCCCGACGACCGGGUGUUCAGCGGCGACUACAACGACGACUACGAUUACGACGACAGACGUAGCGUGUACAGCGCCGGCCCCCCGCCACGCGACGCCAGCCUGGAGCGAAGAGGAGGGGGCUAUGGUGGCGAGAGGGAGGGGCGGCGGGGGGAGCGCGACCACACCCCCGACCGGGCCUAUCGUCGCGACGGCAGCCGUGGGCGCGUCCUGGACCGCGAGCGCAGCCCCGACCCUCGAUACCGCAGCGACCGCACUCUUGACAGAGACAUGGGCCGAGAGCGGGAUCACAGUCCCAACUACGGCGGUGGCGGCGGCUACCGAGAUCACGAGCCCAGUCCCGACCGGCGGUUCCGCAGCGAACGGGCGCUGGAUCGCGACCACAACAGUCCCGAUCGGCGGUACCGCAGCGAACGGACCCUGGACCGAGACCACAGUCCCGACAGGCGGUACCGCAGCGAACGCACCCUAGACCGUGAGCCCAGUCCGGACCGGCGCUAUCGCAGCGAGCACAUGCUGGACCGCUCCCACAGCCCGGCGGGGAGCUACGCGGGCCGUGAGCGGGCGCCGAGUGACAUCAGCGAGCAUCAGCGGCGGGGCCCCCCGGAGCCCAUGAAGAGGAGCGCCAGCCGAGAGCAGCUGGACCACCGGCCGUCCCCGCCCACGAGGCAACGCGGGCCCCAGCCCCCCCUCGACCCCCCGCUCAGCGUCCUGCUGCUCAAGAACAGGCCCAGCGAAGAGUAUGGUCUGCGUCUGGGCAGUCAGCUGUUCAUAAAGGAGAUGAGCAGCACUGGACUGGCCCAUAAGGAAGGACACCUGCAGGAGGGAGACAUCAUACUCAAGAUUAACGGCACGGUGACGGAGAACCUGUCUCUGGGUGACGCGGGCCGCCUGAUCGAGAAGUCUCGCGGCCGUCUGCAGCUGACCGUGCAGAGGGACAGGCAGCAGGUGCUGGUCAGGGUGCCCCCCAUGGAGGACAGCGACUCAGAACUGGAUGAUAUCUCAGAGAUUGAGUCAUAUCGUUCUUACUCACCUCAAGAGGAUCGACGAGCCCACCAAUCAGAUCUCUCUUCUCAUUCGUCCAAUGAGAGGCUUCGGGACAGACCGAGGGAUGACCCGCCAAACCGAUUGGCUAAAAUGGGUGCGAUGGCGACGCCCUUCCGUCCUCCUGAGGAACAGGCUCCGCCCUCCCCAAGGGAAAGGGAGGCGCCAAGAGAGAUGACGCCUGAGCCUCCAGUCCCCGCCUCUCCAAAGGUCAAAGCUCCCCCAAAGGUCAAGUCCUCGUCCAGGCCUCCCAAACCCCCACUCAAGCCCAGCCCAGAGGACCUGGACAUCUAUGGACCCAACACGGUGAUGGUGCGUUUCCAGAAGUCUGACAGCGUGGGUCUUCGUCUGGCGGGGGGUAAUGACGUGGGCAUCUUCAUAGCGGAGGUGUCUGAGGACAGCCCUGCUGAGGCAGAGGGCCUACGCACAGGAGACCAGAUCAUGAAGGUGAAUAAUGUGGACUUCCGUGGGAUGGUGAGGGAGGAUGCAGUGCUGAUGCUCCUGGAGAUCCCCAAGGGAGAGGACGUCACCAUCCUCUCUCAGAGCAAACCAGAUGUGUACCAAGACAUCCUGGAUUCGGGGCGAGGGGACAACUUCUUCGUGCGUACCCACUUCGAGUGUGAGAAGGAGGGUCCCCAGAGCCUGGCGUUCGGCCGCGGGGAGGUCUUCAAGAUCGUGGACACGCUGUACGACGGCAAACUGGGCCACUGGCUGGCCAUCCGCACAGACAAGGACAACCAGUUCCUGGAGAAGGGCACCGUCCCCAACAAGAGCAGGGCGGACCAGAUGGCGAAUGUGCAGCAGGCGCAGCGCGUGGCGGGGGGCGACCGGGGCGACUUCUGGAGGCUGAGGGGCCAGCGGGCGGCCAAGAAGAAGGACCUGAGGAAGAGCAGAGAGGACCUGAGCGCCCCCACCACCAUCACCACACGCUUCCCCGCAUACGAGAGGGUGGUGCUGAGAGAAGCUGGAUUCAAGAGGCCAGUCGUGUUGUUUGGACCCAUAGUCGAUUCAGCCACCGAAAAACUUGUGAAAGAGUUCCCUGAUGAGUUUAUCAUGGCCAAAACGGAGCCAAGAGACGCAGGUUCAGAUGUGGGAUCGGGGGUGGUGCGCCUCAACACCAUUCGACAGAUCAUAGAACAAGACAGGCAUGCUCUGCUGGACGUGACCCCCAAGGCGGUGGACACGCUGAACUACACCCAGUGGUACCCCAUCGUCAUCUUCCUGAACCCCGACAGCAAGCAGGGCCUGAAGAGCAUGAGGAAACGCCUCAUGCCCGCCUCCAACCGCAGCGCGCGCAAGCUCUACGAACAGGCCAUCAAGCUACGCAAAACCUGUGGCUACCUCUUCACAGACACCAUAGACUUGAACUCGUCCCAUGACGCCUGGUACGGCAGCCUGAAGGAGUCAAUACGGGCGCAGCAAGACAGGGCAGUCUGGGUGUGUGAGGGCAAGCUGGAGGGUGCUGACGAGGACCUGGAUCUCCAGGAGGACUGCAUGUCCUACCUGUCGGCUGCAGACUACCUGAGCCUGGACAGCCGCCUCACCGACUACGACGACACGGCCGACGAGGGCGGGGCCUACACCGACAACGAGCUGGACGAGCCAACCGAGGAGCCCCAGGUGUCCGGCAUCAGCCGCUCCUCGGAGACCGUCCAAUCAGGGGAGAGAGGCCGUCCUCAGCCCCCCAUGCGCAGGUCUGGCAGUCGCGAGGUGCUUCGAGAGCCCAGCCCUCCCCCUUCCUUCGUACCUGAACCUCCUCGGGUGCGUCUGCAGUCGCGUGGUGACUCUCGUGACUCUCCCUCCAGCAGCACCAUCAGCAGUGACGGGGGCGGCGGUGGAGGCGGCGGCGGGGGCGGGGGCUCCUACUCCUCCUCCUCCUCCUCGGCACCCAGGCAGCCCCUCCCGCCGCCAGUGGCCCUCAAGCCGGUGACGUUGCGGCCGGUUCCCCAGGAGGGCCCCAGGCCAGAGGGGGACGCCGGCCCCGACCCGGCCAGCCGCUCCUUCAUGGGCAAGGUGAAGGCCUUCGAGCAGAUGGAGCACCAGGCGCGCGUCAAACGCAUGCAGGAGCUGCAGGAGGCCGAGAACGCCAGGAUUGAGAUCACUCAGAAGCACCCGGACAUCUACGCUAUGCCGGUCAAACCAAAGCCCAACCAAAACCGUCCCCAACCCAUCGGGUCUAGUGGUAACUCUGAUCAGCAGUUUUCUCGUGGACACAGCCGCGAUGACGAUGAGGAAGAGUAUCGGAGGCAGCUGGCUGACCAAUCACGGCGGGGAGGAGGAGGAGGAGGAGUAGGAGGAUACUACAGCCAGCAGAAGUACAAUGACACAGAGCUCUAAGAGACUUCAGUACCCAGCAUUCCACGGGGCAAUCCCUCCAAUCUCCAAGCUGAGAUUGUUUUUUAACAUGACACUUCAGAGCUGCCAAAGCUCAGUGUAAAUAAAUAGACUCCGCCUCCAGCUGCAAGGGGGUUCCGAUAAUGUGUAUCCCUCUGAACCGUUUCUCUUCUGCUGGUGUGGCCAUGACAACCCUUCCAAGGGGACUUGACAAAUGGGACUGCUUUCUGUGUGUGAGACAUGUAUACGCACAUCAGUGCAUCAGCUUGCCCAAGUGCCUAAGACGGUUUUCCAGAAUGACAUGACCCUCUCUCAUACACACAUGCAAACAUUAUAUAUCCUAAAAACAUGUGCGCUUAAGCUGGAUAUUGGAGUUGACUGUUAAUUAAGUUGAUAUUUAGUGUUCCAUACAUACAACCUCUGAGUUCAGUGUACGUUUAUGCACAUGUCUACGUGUAUGUGCACCCCUAUACAUGUUUAUUAUAUGUCUUUACAUUUUCAUGGUACCAUAAUUAAAAAGGUCACCCACUCUCAGAGGUGUCGAAAGUAAAAGUAAAUUCAUGGUGUUAGUACAACACUAGCGUAUGAUAUUACAUAGCUGUUACACCAUUUACUCCAUUGUACCUAAUGAGUAGAGCUGGGUAUCGAUUCAAAUUUCAAGACAGCUCUACUAAUGAGGUACAUAGACUGUGUUGUUACUGACUGACAAACACCAAAAAUCUAUCAAACCCACAAUCUUGAUCCAACCAGUGCAGUCAGCUGAUCAAAAGACAAGGACACAGGUAUUUUUUUUACUUUUUACUCAAAUAAGUUAUCUGUGUUGGAAGUUGGAACGAAACUGUGUUUUGUUUUUUUGUUUUUACUUUCACUUUUCCUUUCAGCACCUCUGGGGUGAAUUUCUCAAAACCAAAGUUGCUAACUACUGGAGAUACUUUGCUGUUUUCAAUGCAUUUUCCCAUUGGCAACUACCGAAGUUGCUAACAGGCUAACAACUUCUCUUUUGAGAAACUCACCCCUGCCCACUUCUCGCCCUGUGAGAAUUCCUAUUUCCUGCUCUAUCCAGUUAUUCAUGACCGACAGAUGUAGAGCUAACUUUUUAGGAUCAUCAGGAGGAGUUUUGGCUUUUACAAUAAAAAAGACUUGAUGAAAUAAAUAAAUAAAUAAAUAAAGUAUAAA